GUUGGAAAGCUAAUUCAAAAUAAUACAAAUCAUUAUGAAAUAUAAUUUUCGUAAUUUGGAUGGCUACUAUACCAAAAGUGUCCCGUAAUCAUGAUCCCUUCUUAGUUAAAGACGCCCUCUUAUCUACCUCAGCAUGUAUCAUUGCACUAAAGCAAUGGGGUGUUGGUGAAGAACAAAUGAAUAACGGCCUCUUCUUUAUUGAGUCAAAUAUAGCAGCAGCUACCGACGAGAAGCAACUUUCUCCUAUUGGAUUUGAUAUAAUAUUUCCUGAGUCUAUGGAAGCAACUCGGAAGGAAGGAGGACCUACUUAGCAUAUGUUUCAGAGGGACUGGGGAAGUCACAGGACUGGG